AUGACCACCACUACUAUGUCUGUAGAACAACCACACCCAUCGAGUGGUUUGGAUGAGGUUCGGAAGUCAGUGGCUUCUAGGAUAUCUAAGGAAUCCCGUGAACAGUCCAGAAAUAGCUUUGCAUCAUAUUCGACCUGCGAAGAGGACCUGGCCGACGUGUUCGCCGAUAUGGACGAUACGUGUAUGAUCGAAGAGGCUACGGUUUUGGAUGCUCGGGAGGUUACUAUUGCCACCCCUAAGUUACCAGAGAAGAGCGCACUCAGGACAUCAAGACUCUUGAAUACUCUACAGCGUAUCUCGACCGAACCGAUCACCGACCCGCACGAUGCUUACCUUUCUUCCGAAGAGGAUGCUUCUUCGUCUGCAGACGACUUCUCCGACUACGAGUAUGAUUCUAACAGCGACGAAUCCGAGAAGUCUCCAGCGCGACGUAAGAGUCAGGAGGACACAGCUAGGGCCGUCUCGGUAAUAUAUAUCGGAAAGCCUUUCGUAGUGGACUUGUCAAGCGGUCGAAGAUCGGUAUCACCUAUCCGAAGACCUCGAACAAGAUCCUCCUCUCCUUCUAUCCGCACAAGCUCGUUUGAAGGUCGACCAGGUCCGUUACGAAAAACUAGCUUCGCAUCCACCAUGGAUAUACCUAGGGAGAGUCCUUCCUUCCUCAACCAGGACCCCUUUGCUACCAAUAACUACAAGCUUGAAUCAGCAUCGAAGGGACCGGCACCUACUGACGUUAUCCCUCGAGCUAAGACUCCAUUCCAUCGUCUUCAAAGAUCGAUGAAUCUAGUAAGGAAGCGUAGCCGUCCAAAUCUUAAGGACGCCGCCUCUAGAGAUAGUAUCCUUAGUUUGAGAUCUAUAUCAAGCUCAACUACUGAUCUUCAACUCACAUUAAAUACGUUACGCACAGCCGGCGAGGAACCGCAGCAGGUUCGCAGAUCCGAGACAGUAUCUGCUGCCCCCGCACGGCCUCAGACCCCCGUGACUUACAACGACAUCAUGAUGUCGGCGCGGAGGGAAUCAAACCCACGAUUACUUACUAAACUACCGCCAUCGACACAGCCUAUGAGCCCAAGCCCAACAACAUUAAAGAGGGGCAUAUUAAGCGGUCUCAAUAUGAAUCGGCGGCGGAGUUUACGGCUUGUUAAGCCGUAA